AUGAUAAAUUAAUAAGUUAGAUAGAGUUCUCAAAGAGCCUUUAUAAUUUAAAUAUCUCCUCGCGAUGGGAGUCACUUUAACCCUCUAUCCAUUCCGGUGCCUGUUACUUACAAUCUUUCGAUGGCUAACCUUCCAACUUCAUUGGAUAUUGAAAAUCAUGGAGGCAAUAAUAAUAAUAGUAAUAAUAAUAGGGAUGGGAAUGUUUUCUUAAUAUAAUUUCAAGGAAACAAUACAAACUACAGACAUGGUCUCUAAUUUGUGCACAACUAGAUCAGGAACAAUUUGGAAUUUUAUAGGAACCAAAGCAGACAGAUAACAAUAAAUUAAUAAACAUUUUUAGUGAAGCCUUAUUAUGAGAGAGAUAUGUUUUAGGAUUAAUCGAAUAAUAUUAUUUUGCAAUAACUGCAAGAUAAUCAUGGCGUUUACAUUAAUUAGCUUUAAUUCGCAAGCUUGUUAUCUCUAGGACAACAAAUAAAUGAUAAAAUAAAUACUGAUAUCUCAACUCAAAUAUUUUUCAUGAUGAUUUAGACUUUAUGUAUGAUUCCUUCUAUCUGCUACUUUAGCUUAGCAAAUAAUUUAUUCUCACAUAACAUAGCUUCUGAUAUUUACGUUCUCUUAAUAAUGAUCUCAAAUUUGCUAAUAAUAAUAAAUAGAUAUUUUCUCUAUGUAAAGCUAAAACUAGUUUAUAAUGAAAUAGAUUUUGAAAAUUAUAAAACACCUCAAGUAAUCCUAUUCUUAAUACAUCUUAGAGAUUAAAUAGGAUUAAAAAGCAUAAACACUCUUACUAGAUAGUAAAUAUAAGAUAGCAUACAAAAGAGCUUUAAUUCGUAUAUAGUACUGUCUUUGAAUAUCUUAAAUAUUAUUCAAUAUGCUUUGUUAUUUUUUAGCAUUUAUUUCUACAUUCUCUCUGAUUAGUACUCUGAUAAAAUUAGAAAUGAGAGUUCCAUAGCAGCUAUCUUGGUGAUGAGCUACACAAGUCUUAUUAUCUCUUUUUUAUAUACUGCUAUAUAUGCAUUUACUGUGUUCACAAUAGGUAUUACUUUAGCAUGCUUUGGUAUUAUUUGCUUCGUUGGUUAUAUCAUUUAUUAAAUAUUUUACUAUUUCUUUUUUGUUAUUAACAAAAUUGCUACUAAAAUUUGUGGGGUCACUGAUUAUUUUGAUAAUAAUAACCAAAUAGCACCAACUUCAAUCCACUCAAACUAUUAAUUUUAUGCUGAGGCUUAUGUAAAACGAAAUACCAAAUAAAUUAUUUACUCAUCUGAGAAAUGCAAAGAUUCUCUCUGCUCUAUUUGUCUUGAAGAAUACGUAGAAGGCAAAACAUAGCUCAAGUAAAUGAUUUGCUGUAAAAGUUCAUUCCAUAUUCCUUGUAUAGUAAAUUGGUCAUUAGAAAAAAAGACUUGUCCAAAUUGUCGCUCAGAAGAUGUUUUUGCAAAGAAGUAAAAAAGGAGAGCAUAGUACUUUUCAAAUUUAAUAAAUAAUAAUUAAUAAUCCAUUCAAUAGAAUCCUUCAUCCAAUGGAUUUUAAAUUAAUUAGCAACAACCUUAACCUUAACUAUAAGUAGAAGAAAAUCUUCAAUAAAUAUAACCUAAUGAAUAAUAACAAACAUAAACUUUACAAUAGCGCUAAGUUUAGCAGCCAUAGUAACAGUAGCAGAGUGCUAGAUAAUAAUAAUAAAAUAAUAACUAAGAAAUAAGAGAAGGUAAUAGCUCUCAAAAUAGGAAUGAUCUAGCCAUUCAAGGUAGUUAAUAGUUAAAUAACUCUACUUAAACAAUUUAGUUAUCAAGGAUAGAAAAUCCUUAAUGCAAUUAAUUAGGUUAAUAAUAGUAAAUUGAGAGCUUAAAAAGCAUCUAAGUUACUUAAAUUUAAGCUUAAGAAUUAAGAAAUAUUUAACCUUAUAGCUAAAUAGAGAUUGAUGAUAAUCAUAUACUUCAUAAUCAUCGCAAAAGUGAUUAAAAUUUUAUUACCUUAAUCAAUUUAGGGAGAGUAGAGAAGUAGGAUUCUCAUAGCAUUGAAGAAAUAAAGCAUCAAGAUGAAUUGUAAAAAUUUGAUUCUUACAAUUCAAUAAAAAUAGAAGAUCAACAAGAUAAAAAAACCAAAAUAAAGUCUAAAAAUGAUGCAAAUAGCUAAGCUUUUAUUUAAAUAUCCAAUUAAGAGAUUGGAUCUAAAACUCAGUUUAUGAACCAGUAAAUUGAUUAAUAAAGAAACGGAUAGAAUAAGCUCAGUUCUUUAGAUUGCUUGGAUAACUAAUCAAAUAAUGAAUGA